AUGCGGCUGGGCGGUGGUUACGCAGAGAUGGUCAUGAGCGGCCAAUUUCGACUGGCGUCGUACCUACCUGCCUACCUUGUACAAAGAAAACGCACAACCCCAUUUCUUGUUGGUGCUCAAGCACACCGGCAGCGGCAACGAUACAGCCCUGUCGACGCCAUCACCACCGGCAAUUCCUCGUCCGGCGACACCGUCCCCGUCUCUGUCCGACCAACAAACGUCAAACCCUCCACAUGUCGCGCCUGUGGCGCCAUGGACGGUACGGUACCUGGCCAGAUUGCUGCGAUAGCGCAUCGGUCGUGUCGGGAACAGCUCGACAGGUGGCUUGCAGUCUAUCGACGGUGA